CCGUUGGUAACUAUAGUACAGUUCAACGCAGACACAGACAACUGUAGCACUGUAGAAACGUUUUUUUUAAGUGUUUAGUAGUAAGGUGUGACUGUCGUGAUUGCAAGAAAUAAUGGGAUGUGCCGGUUCAACUCCAGUUGGUAGCAAGGGGAAAGGAACCAGUUCACAGAUGACGACUCCCCCGUGGUCUAAAACCUAUUAUAUGCAGCCUGGGUUUCUGUUACCUGUAAUUGUAAACAAAACAACCAUUGAAAAUCAAGUCAACAAUUUUGAAGUUCGUGACGAAGAUGUAUUCCUUAUUACCUACCCACAUACAGGCACGUUGUGGUUAUGUGAAAUCGUUGAAGCAAUCUUCAACGUUGAUAACCUGGCAGUACUCAAAGAACAGGACAUUGUACAGAAGAUGCCUCUGUUGGAGCUAGGUCCUGCAGAACACCCCGAUUUGAAAGUGGAUGAAAUCGACAUCCAUAAAAGCGUUAUUGAGAUGUAUCUUGACAGCCAACCAUCUCCACGUAAAAUACCCACCCAUCUGAUGCCCGAAUAUGUACCCACUCAGAUGAUGGAACGUAAACCCAAAACAAUUUUUAUGACAAGGAGUCCCAAGGAUGUCGCAGUUUCACUUCAUGCAUGGAGAGCAUUCUUGAAGUAUUUGGAACCCGUGGAAUGGAAUAAAAUGGCCGAAGAAUUUAUAAACGAAAACACCGAGUAUGGAUCGUAUUUUGAAUUUACUAAGAAGUGGAGCAAAUACAAAGACGAACCAUGGUUUAUGUGGCUUAGCUAUGAAGACAUGAAAGAGGAUUCAAAGAAGGCUAUACGACAAAUUGCAGAUCAUAUUGGUCGAUCGUUAUCUGACGACCAAGUUGCCAAGGUAGCUGAAGUAACUGAUCUCAAGUUCAUGAAUGAAAACGCAUCAACCAUAAAAUCACGAGAACUCUUACUGAGGCCGGGAAAGGACUUAGUGAUCGAUGGUGACGUUGCCUGGAAAGAUGUAUUCACAAUUAACCAGAGCGAAACAUUCGACAAGCUAUACGAUGAGAAGAUGGAAGGAUACGAAUCACUGAAAUACAAAUACGAAUACAAGACAUUCGACCUCAGUGGCGAAUGAUAGUUGCGGGCUAGUAUUUUUAUUGAUGAGUCAAAUCGAUCUGACCUUAUCUCACAACAUGUCCACAUUUGUUAAUACGAAAAUAACAUACACAAUGAAAUUGUACACUAUCCAAUCUCAGUCUUUAGUCUGAUAUAAUACAUUUCUAUACAUGAUUGACAUU